GUUUAUUAGAUGGUAAAGAGAUCGAAUAGACGGCUCAUGGCAAUGUUGGAUGAAUAAGGUGAGAAUCACUCUUUUUACACUUCCUUUUUCCAAAGCAGAAACUUUUGGAACGAUUCUUGUAAGAUUUGUUGCUUCUUUUGUCUUUGACAUCGGUUGUUGUGACAUUGUAGUGGAGUUCAGGAGUCCAUUAUUCCCGAAAUUUUGCCUAGCGUGUACUCUCGUUUCUGACUAUUACUACCGGUUUUAAUCUGCUCAGGAUGUUUCGUGUUAUCUGUUAAUAGUUCCAAAACCCAUGAAAGAAAUUUUAGACAGUAUAUGCCCGAACACAUUAGAGACUUAAAUAUCUCGUUCGUGUAACUCGAAAGGUUUUAGCACUCUUUGUGAAUAUAGCGUGUUGCCAACAUUGGAAACGGCACCCAGUCGUUCAUGUCAAGAAUAAUAACCUCAAUAUUCUUACCCCUACCCAUAUUUGAUUGUUGAUCCUCGACAAUGAAUUGCGGUUGCGAUCUUUUCUAAUACUUCGGCUUCCUAAAUACGCGUUUCAAUGUGUACACAGUGCUCCGUUAUAUGCGGCGUUGACUUCUUUCGUUGAUUGUGUACUUUAGCUUGCCAUAUUCAUUGUCUAAUUGAUGCCAUUUCGUUCUCUGUACGCCAUCAUUGUUGUGAAACUAUUAACUAAUGCUCAUCGUCAUUAGGUGAAUAAUUCAUCAUUACGUUGUUAGAAAAAGGUUACAGACCAGUCCGAUGAUUCUUUGAUUUCUCAGUGGAAAACAAAAAGUUCGGUAAACACAAGACAUCGCGCUCUGUUGGCGAUUUUAGAAUGCAAAUUACCGCAAACCAUUAAUCAAAUGGAAUGAUCAGUUUUUUAUGCGUAUUUUGAUUCACAAAAAGUACUGCUGAUUCUAGCGAGGAAAAUUUUAGACCACAAUAACUUGGAAAUUCGUUUAAAAAAACUACACUGUGUUAUUAAAAUGGUAGGAAAUCAACAGGUCAUUCGGUCACCAAUCGAGUCCGUUGGUUGAUUGACUACUUGAAAUGCUACGUAUGAUAAGAAGUAAUUAGAGAAGAGGGUAGGGCAAAAUCUUGGCCUGCUUUACAAUUGCAGAAUUCUUCAGCUUCAAGAAUUGUAUCGUGUUGGGUAUGAGUCUGUCUUGCUUCAGCACAUUUCGGCGAACCCUUUAUCAAAUAUACUUCAUUUGCAAGUGAAAGUAACCCUGAAAAGAAGCUCUAAAACGUCACUUCCGGUUGUGAAAGAAAAGAAAAGAAAAAGUUUAGAAAGAUUAAAAAUUCCCAUUUUUGUUGUGAAAUUUGCAGCGUAAGUCUAGACAAGACUAAUUCACCAAAAACAUAACCUCCGGGCAAUUUUUUCGAAUAUCUGCGGAUUUUACCAACUUUCGACGUGUGUCUCACUAGAAGAACAAGUUUGGUUUGGAAGUAUCAUAGGCCCUAAAUGUAUAAGAGUAAGAGAACCCUAUAAACAAAUAGCCGGGUAGGAAAAAGGCGAACUUGUACCCUCAUUGUUUGUGGCAAAUUAAAGGGUUUAUGUCUUGUGGAGUGAUAAUUUGUCAGCGAAUUAUACAAUCAAAGAACUCCUGUCACGUCAAUUUUUCGCUAGAUUAGCGAUCCAUACCGUAUAUUUUAUAAGAAGAUUCGGAAGGGAAUGAAACACCUUCACGUAUUUUUAUGUUAGAAUUAUUGUCGUGGUUAGCAACGGUAGUAGGUUUGUAGAGUCAAGAUACACAUUUUUACAGUCUUUCUACGGUGUAUCAGUCGUUGUUAGGAAGUAAUUUAACGCUUUUCAUUUUCGAAAGUCAUGGUGUUGAUUUUUCUUUGUCGGAUUCUGGAGGAUCGGAAAAGACUAAGGACUUGUUUGCAUAAUGGCGGAAACUCUGAAUAACUUAAGUCAGAAACUAUAAGAUGCCAACAUCAAAAAAUGCAAAAACACUGACUAUUUUGACCGGUUUUUGUGGCCCUUAGAAGUUGGUUGAGGGUGAAUCUGAAAAAAGACGGAAGGCACGGAGUUCUUUGAUUGAUUGUGACGUCAUCUUCCUUAGGCCACUCGCUUGUAGAUCUAGAAUUUCAAUCAAUCAUGCCGGUUUGUCGAAGCGGUCGGUCAUUUGACUAAAAUGAGCAAAGUUAAAUUUCCUCUAAGAUCCUUAGAGCGAUGCAACGCAAUCUUUGCGCAUCAGGUCAGGAUUAGGAAAGAUAUGUUCAUGGUGUGAAAACAAAAGCGUUUUUUGUAUAGGAGUCUUAACAUAAGAAAAGACUUUUAAAAUCUCGCACAGCAGAUCUGUAGAGCUUAGGUUUUAAAACUCUUGGUUCAAAGUAUUACUAAUUCUAAGGAGUUAUUGACCGUAGGAAUAGACGAGACGCUGUCUCCUUGCCAUUUAGCGUCUCAUCGUUAUUUCCCUUUUGUCGACGUCUACACGGCAAUGUAUGAAGCAUCAAGAACGUUUAGAUAUAAAAAGAAUAUAGGUAUAUCAUCUUAUUGUAUUUUAAGAACUUAGUGUUAAUUAAUGAAAAAAAAUGUUAUAAUCUCUAGUACGUGUUACUAGAAAAAAAUGAGGACACAUUAUUGGAUUAGAAAAAAAAGUUUAAAAAAAACAUGAUGCAAGAAAAGCAACAUAGGCCGCUCUUAUACGAGUUUUUUCUGCUAAAGAAGAAACAUUUUUCGCUGUAUUGUUCUUUGUUGCAAGCCCGUAACUUGAGAGCAAUAUCACUUGAAACGUCAUUUAGUACAAAGCAUUUUUUAUGGCGAUUGACGUGUAGAGUUCAUCCGCUUUCAGUGUGUUUAACACGGACAGCUUUUGUUCAACGGGAAUUUCGACUAAGUUCGUCUAUCUCAAUGAUGAUAUUUUUCCGUUUUAAGCUUAUUAUGUAGAUCCGUUUGUGGUAACUGUCAACUGGUGAAAAGAAAAAGGAAAACAGCUAUGUCGACUGAGACGCAGAACUUUAGGAGUAGAAGUAGGACUCUUCCUGCAAGAGUGAAGAUUGAGCAAAAGAUUGGACAAGACACAAUACCUAGGCCACGAUCACCCAUGAGAAGGUAACACUGGUGUUUGUGUGUUCUGUGUAGAAUUUAGUUCAGUCGUUGUAAUUGUUCUAAUACGGGGAUACUUUUCGUGUCGUAAAUUCUUGCCCCCUUGAAGUCAGUUAUGCCCCAACUGUGAUAACUUGUUCACCACGUAGCAGAAACAGUAUAUGUAAAUAAUUAAGCGCGUAAAUCAGAUACAUUUCCCAGUGUUCGAUUACAAAGUAGUUUGUAUCACCCCAUUCAAAGGUUAAAACUUCGUGAUGGAUCGAAAGUAGCGUUUAUGGCGAAAGACAGAGAGUGCUGAUGUUCAUGUGCGUUUUCAUUGAUGUAUCAUGCUCGAGACAUAAAGAGUUAUAUUUACAAGGACAUUAGUCGUGUUUAUUUUAUUUCGACGUAAAACAUAGCCUGUUCCAGGCUCCACUAUCUGAGAGCCUGGAACAGGUUACGUAAAACAAUGUGCAUAUAAUAUGUUCAAUAAGUUGUUACCAUUGCGUUUAACUUGUAACUCCAAACACUUGUUAGCAGUUUCGAAACAAACGUUUAGCGAGAGAUGUUAAAUAUGCACGACCUUGUUGUCUGUGUGAGCCUUUUGCAGAACAGUGGAAUGCUCGUGGGGCGUUUAUAGAUAUGUUUGUUUGUUUUGUUUUGCAGAUUAGCAGAUAUCCUAAAAAGGAAAAAGAAGCGAGGAAAGGGGGAAGCUGAUUCAUUCAAUAAAUUGCCCUUGGAGAAGCAAGCGUGGUUUCAUGGCAAGAUAACAGCAGAUUUUGCUGAGCGUUACUUGCGUCGUGACGGGCACUUUUUGGUGCGGGAGGAUCCUGCUAAGCCUGGAAGCUGCUUUAUAGUGGUGCGGCACAAGCGAGAAUCCAUUCAUGUACCUCUCUGUAAAGUGAACUCGUCCAAAGGGACGAGGAUCAAGUUUAGAACUGAGGAUUCUGAAAACAGCUUUGACUCAAUACCCGAACUCAUCAACUAUUACGUUUCGGAAGGAAAACCGUUGUCCCCAAAGACUCAAGCUGUUAUUACGCACGCCGUGAGCCGUGAUGCCACUCUGUUAUCAACCGAUGACUUUCAUAACAGAUAUGUUUUCAAUGCAAGCCCUUCUAACGGGUGUGCACCAAAAGCCCCAGGAACUGGUCCUUUGCGGCAAAAGAAAUUGGACAAAUAUGCACGAAAGAAUAGUGACCCUGGAUUGCAUUUUACUGUUAACAACGGGAGUAACGUUUUGUCUGAGAAACUUAAUGGUGUCAAUGUAGCCUCAGGCAACGUAAUAGGUACAGUUCAGUCAAAACAAAGACAAAAGAUUCCAGGGCAGUUCCUUGAGAAGGCUUCCAAAGAAGAGAACAUAUCAGAUAGGUUCUAUGAGGCACCAUUUGGAGAAAAUGAAACAAACAUUGAAGGAGAAAUCGCGGAAGACCCUUACCAUUAUUAUGAAAAACCUGACUUAAAAGUUGAUUCAGACAAUUUUUAUGACAAGCCAACCGAACCCAAAAAUUCGACAGUAAAAAGGACCAGAGAGGAAAACUGUGUUCUGGAAAGUGAGGACAGUUUUAGUGUCAAUCCUGAUCAAACGCAAGUUGGAGAAAGUUUUUAUAACGAACCAUCGCUCGAGAAUUAUUCUCAAGCGAUGAACGACAGGCCUCCGAGCGUAGGUAGCCAAAACAGCUUGGGUAACCAGUCAAAUGAUAGUGCAAACCAAAGUCCAGAAGAUGUCUAUGACAAGCCUAGAGCCAGCACGGAGGGGUUGUAUGACAGUCCUAAAGGAAGCCAAGACAAUUUGUAUGACAAACCUCCUCCAAGACCAAAGAGAGUGGUGUCAUUUCGAAAAUCAGACCCAACAUUGUCCGACAAAGAGGUGCUGCCUCGACCAAAGCUUGUGUCAAGGUCUAGCGCUCCUUCUUCACCCUCCUACCCUGGUGAAGGAUUGCUUGCUGUGCAGUCUAAAAUCGAGGAUGGUGUUUUUCCCGACAAAAGGCAUUCAGGAGAUAAUUUGACGGCGGCUCAGAUCAAAGGGUUAGUCAAUAGUACAUCUGACAAACCAACUGGGGCUGAAUCCAAGCUGCGUUACUCUACGCCACCGAAAAAACCACAGCGUCCAUCUCUUUCAAGAUCAAAAUCCGAACAAAGCCCACAUUCAAAGCAGGAUUUUUACGACAGCCCACGUUCCAAAUCAGUCUCAGCCGAUGACAGCGCUUUCAAGUCAGAAGAGACAGCCACAAGAUUGCAGCCUGAAUCGCCAAAGCCCCUGGACAAAAAAGGAAUAUUUUUAAGUGUGAUGAAGAAAAUUGGUGAGAAACUCCUCACCCCUUUCUUAGAGACCGACUGCCUGACCCUUGCUCGACACAUAACCCGCGUGGACCUUGUUUUAGUGUGGGGUGAAGAGCCUCAUCGUUGCUCGUGGAGCAUUGAGGAUGGCACUGGAGGAGCCAAAGGAUUGGAAAUAUUGACGCUUCCUCAAGGAAGAGAGAAAAGAUCCGAGUUACUACAAAGGUGAGCAGUAAGGUGGCCGUACUUUUUUUGAAUAUCUUUUUUCGCUCCUCUUCUGCCAUAAUCCAGACUCAAACUUCGUACAUAUAUCUUUGUCUUUGAUUUCCAAGAAAGCUGAACAUUGAGUAUCAUUUUUUGCGACGGUACUUCUAUCCUCCAUGCAGUUUCUUGGGGUGCUCACUUUAUCGGGCUUCACCCAAACAAACUUUUGAACAUUUCCACGCGUACUAUUCUAUCUUGAUUAACGUCUCACAAUCAGAAAAAUAUAAAAUAAUUUAAAGAAAUCAUAUUUCUGUAGCAAGUCUUUCUCAUGACUUUUUAAACGUUUUCAACGUUUUUGUAUUAUUUAAGGACUUCCAAACCCUAGUGCUCUAUAAAAAAGUUCUAUGACCAUAUGCAGUACUAUACUUAAGGAUUUUUGGUUGUGUACUGUCUCUUGGUUGGGCGAGGCUUAUCUUUACUGACUAAAAGACUCACAGAUCAGGGUUACAAGCCCUACUCAGUGAGGCUUACAGAUCUAAAAGUGACUCGUCUGAGCUUUCAGUAUUUUAAUCUUAGAUCUUACAUUAAAUUGGUUUAUAGAUUCGCCAAUCUUUCUCAUUGGGUGGCAACUUUGGUGGUGGCAGCAGGUGAUUUAGGUACAAGAGAGAAGGUGCUUAGUAAGCUCAUCGAAUUGGCUGAUAUAUUAAGCGAUAAGCUCGGUAACCUUAUCUCAUUUAUGGCCGUCAUGGAGGGUCUUGCCUUACCACAGGUAAAUGUUUGAAAUACAUUAACGCUUCUGUGUGUGUAAUUAUGCGAUAAGCGUGAAGGUCGACUCAUUAACAAUUAUUCCUCGAGCUCGAAUGGGCUCUGAGUCAAUCGGCCUCAUGGGCUAUUGACUCUGAGGCCAUAAGGGCGAGAGGAAUAAUUGUUUUAGUAAAAUCCAACUAGUUGGUCAAAAAUAUCGAGAAUAAAAAAAAUAGCUAGUUAAAGCUAGACUUUAAUCCUUUUUUGCCUCCAAAAAGCCCGCGCUUUUCGCUACUAGCGGGCUAUAACAUAUAGCCUAGUAGUAGCUCAACCAAUCAGAACGCAGCAUUGAUAAUAGACCACUAGUUGGAUUUUACUAAAAUUUGUUAGCCGAAGUCUAAUCUCGGUAGAAAGUGUCCAGUCUCGUCGUAUAUCUAUUUACCGGAGUUGACGAUGAGGCAAAAAACACGUUAGUGAACAAAAGGGCGCCGGAUUUACCGUAAUCAAGCUCGUUAUGUGAAACGAUGAGCGCUUUCAUUUAUUCCUUGGGUCACGUCUGGAUUGAGGUGUUAAGAUUUUCACAAGUACAUGUACCUUCUGUAUAAGAGUGAUUUCCAGAGUAGUUUGCUCACAGCAACGUUGUCAACUACACAGUUUUCGUAGCUACCAGCCCAUCUCUCUUUCUUUUAGUGAAACAGUGACCCAAGUAUAUGGCUUAAGUCUGGACCAAAGCAAAGUCAUUUCACGAAAUAAGAAAAUAUUUGGUAGCAUACGUUCUUCUUUUGCUGUGGGGCUACCGUAUUUACUCGAAUAAGCGCCGCGAUACUUAUUAAAUUUUUGUUGCCUCAAAAGCGGUGCUUAUUCGAGGGCGACGUUAAUUAUUGAAAGUUGGACGCGAAAAAGAAUUGUUUUAACUACGGUAUUUUUCUUUUCCCAGUUUAACGGAGUUAAUGUCUUUUGAUUUUGAUUAUAUCAGGGCCGCGGGGCUUAUUCGGGGCGGCGCUUAGUAACGUUUUUUCUCCCAAGUGCGGUGCUUAUUUGACAAAAUACGGUAUGCCAAUACGUGCAAGUUAUUUUGGAAUAGUUACUUUCGUGCAAAACGUCUAACUGUAGUCUUCUUUCUUCGUAAGGUAACGCGUCUUCACCACACGUGGUCCUGCCUGCACCACCGGUGCUGCUCCACGGCUAUUCUCUACCACAGCACCCUCAAGCCCUUGGCUGGUCUUUUGAGCUCAGGUGCUCCCAGUCCUUUCCCUGGAGUGUGCCUUCCCUAUAUCGUCCCUUUAGUUAGAUACAUGGAAAUGACCCCGGAUGAAAUUUUACACGAUUGGGCACACUCCGAAGUAGACCUCGGUUUAGAGGUCAUUUUAGCACACUUGGCCUCCGGUCGUGCUCUCACACAGCAGCUAGAAGAAUUCCGCCAAGAAGCUAUUUCUCGUCUGAAAACAAGAGAGUAUGUAGUGAAUACUCUACUUUUUGAGUAUUUUCAAGAAAAAGUGAACGUUGGGAAUGUACUGGGAUUGGGUCCUGAUCCAUCUAACCGAACAACUAAACUAAAAACCUUGCUACAGUGGCUUUCUGAAAGUGCAGAAAACUCUGCAGUCUCGUCCGCUGGUGUGUAAAGAAGGGCCUCAACGUAAGUUUCGUGUGCGCCAGAGCAGUCGUAGAUCGUAAGUUUGUGCUGCGUUCGAAUGACUGGAAAAGCGAUGAACCAGUAAGAACCCCAACAUCAUCAUGAAUGCACGUCACGAAAAUCUCUACACCGACAUUUAUUUUGCUAAGGAUGACUAAACAAGUAUUUUUGAAGGACAGCACAUCAAGGUCUAAAGAACUUAUAUCGAGUCUUAAUAUCCCUUUCAAUUCCGAACCAGUUGUUGUUCUUUACUGAUUGCUGACAAAUGUUUCUCUCGUUGGUAAAAUUGGCUGUAGUUAAAGAUUUUGAUUAAAUCAGGUAUAAACGUUUUCGGCUCCAAGAUAGUGACCAGUUACAAGAAGCAGUUGUAGAAGUUUUGGUCACUUCGGCACUAUAAAACUUCGAUCUAAUUCUUUUGAUUAUUUCCAACCGAGGCCGGGAGUGUCGCGUUUAGUUAGGUGGCUGAAACGUGAGACCGCCAGAAUAAACGUCGACUCACAUCUGGAAGGGAAAUCUUGAGCUUUUUACGGUCAACAAGUGAAGCUUAAAGUUUCAUCCUCAGACUGAAAAGUUACACAAAAAUUGUCUGGUGAAAAUGGUGGUUCUUAAAGAUUUUUGUGGUUUUAAGGCUGAAGGUGUAACUGUAGAAUGCUUGAAUCUUCAAUGUUUUUUUGUUAGUGUUGUUUGAUUGUAAAUAAUGAAAAUUGAAAAACUUUUUUUAAAACGUAUUUUUUAUUCCUUAAGCACCGUUAUUGUGACAGUGUCAUUGUAAAUCAGGGUUCUUUGUGCAUUGUUGGGUUAUUCGUGAUACUUUCCUGACUUCAUAAAAAUGAUUAUUUGAGGUGGCUAACCUUCUUAAAAUAGUUUUGAUUCAUUAUAUUUUUUAAGUUUAGUUCCGUUUCCUUUUUCAGUGAAGGCAAAUUGCUGAUACCUAUAAGGUUAUCAUUCUAUUUUCGUUAUGUUGUUCAAUAUUGUUUGUUUUCUAGAUAAAACCGAUACAGAAUUGAGCAAAUAUUAUCUUAAGAUUAUUGACGCAAAUGUGUUGUACACUUUUAG